UACGUCGAUGCUGUGUUCAACCAUAUGGCAGAGGGGUCAGGGUAUGGUACAGCUGGGUCCAGCUACAAUGGGUUGGAUUUCCCGGGUAUCUACAGUGCCUUUGACUUCAAUGAUGCCAAGUGCCACACCGCAAGUGGAGGCAUUGAAAGCUACAACGAUGCCAACCAGGUCCGUAACUGCAAGCUGCAAGGAAUGGCAGAUCUUAACCAGGGCUCCGAAUACGUCAGGGGAAAGAUCUCAGAGUACCUGAAUAAGCUCAUCGACGCCGGUGUUGCCGGGUUCCGAGUGGACGCGUGUAAGCACAUGUGGCCGGGUGACCUGCAGGCCAUCUCCGGCAGACUGCACGAUCUUUCCACGGAGUACUUUCCCGCGGGUACUCGACCUUUCUUCGUCCAGGAAGUGAUUGAUGUUGGGGGCGGUGAGCCCAUCACAUCCGACCAGUACCAACAUGUCGGCCGCGUCACCGAGUUCAAGUACUCGAAGUUCAUCGGAGAGGUGUUCAGGAAGUGGAACAACCAGAAGCUGAGCUACUUUUCUAACUGGGGAGAAGGUUGGGGCAUGCUGCCUUCUACUAGUGCUCUUGUCUUCGUGGAUAACCAUGACAACCAGCGUGGCCACGGUGCUGGCGGUGCCAGCAUCAUUACAUUCAGAGACUCCAAACUUUACAAGAUGGCCAAUGCCUUCAUGAUGGCCCAUCCGUACGGCUACACACGUCUGAUGUCCAGCUACUAUUUCGACCCUCACGCCACUGACCAAGGUCCUCCCAGUACCAAUGAAAACACCAACGGCGUCACCAUCAACUCUGACAGCACCUGUGGAGGAGACUGGAUAUGUGAACACAGGUGGCGGCAGAUUAGAAACAUGGUGCAGUUCCGUAACGUGGUGACCGGACAGAGUCUGCAGAACUGGUGGAGUAACGGGAACAACCAGAUCGCCUUCUCACGUGGCAACAAGGGCUUCAUCGUCAUCAACAACGAUGACUGGAACAUGAACGAGUGGCUGCAAACAGUGGUGUGGUCCGGAGGUGCAAGAGGAGGCACGUAG